AUGGGCGAACACUAUGUGGGUAGCCAAGCCAAGGGCUAUAAUCAGCCCUAUGGCUAUCCAAUGAAUUGUAACAUGUCACGGGUGUUCAUGGAAAUGACCGAAGAGGAUCGAAAAUGUUUAGAAGAACGAAAGUAUUGGUGUUUUAUGCUUAGCAGCAUUGUAACUUUUUGUGUGUCUAUGUUGCUUGUGGUCACUUGGCGAAUUGUUACCCAUUUGUUCUGCCAACGACGUCGUGAUGAUGAACUGGAAGUCACGGAGACUGUGCCAAUUAACAGCCUGGCAUUGAAACAAGAGGAGAAGCAUUUGGGUUGGAUGACUGAGGCGAAAGAUUGGGCUGGAGAGUUAAUAUCCGGCCAGAGUCUCACCGGUCGCUUCCUAGUCGUACUAGUAUUUGUGUUAUCCCUGGGCUCUCUUGGAAUCUACUUUUACGAUGCGAGCUUGUGGGCGCGACUUCCUGAAUUCCUUUUCAAUGGGAUUGGAGAGCUCGCUUAA